AUGACCAUUCGAUCGUGCACAACAGAAGAAGAGCUUGAUAAGGCCGCAAAGGUGCUCGCGGAUGCGUUGAUCGACGAUUCUAUCACGUGCGUGGCGUGCGGCGGAGAUCGCUCGAAGAUGUUCGCCUUCCACCGGUGUUGUCUUGCCGCCGCCGCGGUCGGAGGAAAACUCGUCGUCGCAGAGGUCUCGGCGACGAAGGAGAUCAUAGGAGCCGUGACGUAUAUGGGGCCUGGUAAGGAGCUGAUGGGCGACGAUGAACAACAAGCCCAGGGAUUCUUGGAUUUCCUCGCGACAUUGCCGCCUAAGAUCGUGGCGUGGUGGACGGAGAAGUUCCUACCGGAGUAUGCUGCCGUAACGGAUGCUAUCAUUGGACCAGGGGUGAAGACCGGUGCAUGGUCCAUGAACAGCCUCGGAGUUGCAUUCGACUACAGGCGAAGGGGUGUAGGGCGCGCACUGAUUGAAGCGGGAGAAGUUCUCGUGGUGAUCGCGGCACAUGCUCCUCGCCACAAGACAUGA